GAUUCAAAAAAACAGGGAAGGUGGAGGGACUUAUAGAUAAUUGCAGAUCCCCAAUAAACCACAUAACAUCCUCGGGUAUUUAAACCCCUCAAAGGAAAGGUAAGAAUAGUGGCCAUUGCCUCGUUAUACCAAACCCCCCCCCCCCUACCCCCAUCCCCCACCUUCACUCUUCUCAAAUAGUAAGUAGUACUCUUUAACGCUCUAAUUAAAACACACACAUACAUAUUGUCAUCUCUUCAAAUUUGUAUUCCCAAGAAUAGAAUAGUUAGUGGACACUAUAGUUUAGAUAGAGUACGUUAGUUUUGUGGUCUUUGUUCUGGUAUUUCUUUGCUUGGAAGUGAGUGACUCCUGUAAAAAUCACGAAGAGAAGGACAGGACAGGACAGAGGACAAGAGAAGAAACAGAUAAAAAGGAAGCAAAUAUUUGCUUCAACGAAAUCAAAAGCUUUUUGGAGAGGAGAAAAAAUUAAGUCACAAAUGGGCAGAGAGUGGUUGUACUGGGGCAGUGGCAGUGGUACUAGUAAUAAUAGAUCCAGCCAGAAAGGAAGAAGAAGAAGAAAAGGAGAAGCAGUUGUCAUGAAUAAUAUUAGUAAUGAAGAAGCUCCACCUCCUCCUGGUGGCUGCAUGUGUUUCCAAAUCUUUGACUUACCCCAUUUUCAGUUGGCUACUACUUUGAAGCCUCAUCAUCAUCAUCAUCCUUCUUUCCUUCAACAACACCAACAACCGGCUUUCCUUAAAGGACUUGAAGCACCAAGAAAUAGCUUGGAAUUAGAUGAACCUGUUGCAGAACGGAAAUCUGUGUCAAGUUCGUUGUCGUCAUCAUCAACCAUGAAAGUAGACGAACAAAAUUUGAAUAUCCCGGUGGGCAUUCAAAUCAGAACAAGAUCACCGCGAGUGUCAACAUCAGGUUCAAGAACAAGGACAGAUCAUGAUAUAUCAUCAGAAUGUAGCAGCAACUCACCAGCGGGGACCAAGACCCCAACUCUAGUAGCUAGACUCAUGGGUCUCGAUCUCCUUCCUGAAAAUAACUCUCCUCGGAUUUCAACUUCUACUUCCACUUGCAAUAAUCAUAAUAAUCAUCAUCAUCCACCACCACCAAAGUCACACUACUCCAAAAAUCAGAUAAUGAGCCACCACCACCAGUACUCAAACAGAAGGCGAUUCAGCAGCUUUGAAACCAGUGAUAGUACUAAUUACAUCACUGCAGGUACUCUGUCACUCCCAGACACACCAAGAAUAUCUUUAGCCAGGAGGUCAGACGUGGAUCAUCAUCAUCACAGGUUAUCCCUUCAAAUCAAUAAAGAGAACAUGGUUGACGUAUUCGAAUUUUCGGAUUCUUCUAGUACUGGUGGCAGCAGGAGAAAGACGAGCAGUUGGAAGAGGAGGAGUUUUCAUCAAGACGAAAAUGAAAACCAAACGAGAAGUCCGGGGUACUAUGCUAGGCAGAUUGUGAAGCAAGUGAAAGAAAGUGUAAGCAGGAAAGUUGGCCAUGACAUUACUAAUGCUAGUACUACUACUAGUAGUAUUAGAAGAAAAGAUGACUUAUUAGCUGCUAAAUAUGAUCAAGUUGUCUUGCUCAAACCAAACAAACCAUCAAAAUCACAUGGUGAUGAUUUUAGCCCAAACAAGCAAAUAACUCCUUGUUCACCUAGGUUUAGAUUCUUGGAGCCCAAGAGUAGUGCUAGUAUUACUAAACAUCAAACUUCCUACUCACCAAGAUUUUCACCAUUAUCUCCGUUGGCAGAGGUUACAACAUUACCAUCUAAAAUAGUCACAAAGCCUAAGCAUCAAAGUUUACUGGAAGAGCGAUUAGUUCAACAUAAGACUAUUCAAAAGAGAAAAGGUGAGAAAUUUGUUCCUAAGAAGUCACUACAAGCAUGUGAUGCCAUUCGGAGCAAGAAAGAAGAGCCGUAUGUUCGUGCAGCAGCAGCAACAAACAAAGCAAAUUUUGCAGAGAAGAAGUGCAAGCUGAAAACUCCAUUAUCAAAUCAACUUGUUAACUCAAGUGUUCCAACCAUUUUGCCAUUAAGGAAAGACCGUUCUCCGCCACCCACCAAGUUACUCAUUAGACAGCCACAGGAAUCAGAUACUUAUCCAUCGAAAAGGAGCAGCACAACACAGUUAUCUAGUACUUCGAGCCGGUCGUACAUCUACAAACUCCCUACCCUCCAAGAAAUCAACCGCAACACAUGUAAAGACGGUGCUAGUGUUACUACUACUACUACCAUAAUAAGUGAUAAAAUUAGACUCAAUUUUCAUCAUCAGCAGUACAUUCAGAGAAUACUAAAACGUACUGGUCUAGACAAAGGUACUCAAUUGUCCUUAGCCAACUGGUACUCCCUUUCUCACCCACUUGACCCCUCCAUUUUUCACUACUUGGAACUUUUUCCCACCCCAAACUCCACUUUAACCCUCAGGUGUAAUAGAAAGCUGAUUUUCCAACUUGUUGAUGAACUCCUCGUUGACAUCUUGAUGAAACAAUGUAGUAGUAACUUGAAGCAACGUUGUCAAUUAAUGCAUGGGGCUGAGGAAUUGAUUGACACAUUGUGCACAAGAAUACGGAGUUUUCCUUCGGCUAAUUGUCAAGUUCUUGAAGACAUUGAUGCAUUGAUUGACAAGGAUAUGCCCACAUUAUCAAGUGCUACAUUUUUUGAAGAUGAAGUGGAAAGCAUAGUUUGUGAGAUUGAACGUGACAUUAUGGAGGAAUUGGUGCAUGAUACUGUGUGAUGAUGGAAAAAUAAGAAAAAGAGAACAGGGUCUGACGGGUGUCACAUGGGUGAUUCACGUGACGAGAUGCCAUUCGUUUUAGGGUCAUGGGGACCAAUAUUAUUAACUUUUCUUAAAGUUGGACUCAUUGUACUUGGAAAGGGCAAAGUGAAGUGGGGUUAAUUAAUUAGAGGGGUAGUGAAAUGGUGAGAUACGUAUAGUAGGAUAUGUUGCUUUUUGUACUGUAAUUAUUACCAUGACAUCUCAUUAAACAAUUCAUAUUAAGUUGCUUUAUUUUAA